CAACAUCCAGUAUAAAACGAGCCGGCUUGUCAGCUGGAAGCAAAAUUGGCUGUGCUGUGGUCGUAAGCUUUUUGCCUUUCUUUUUGCUCCUAUACAUUAAUUCUUUUUAGAUUAAUUCUUUCCGAAAAACACGGGAACAGUGCAAAAUGUCUAACCUAGAUGAAUGUUACGAGACUGUUAUUGAACUUGUGAAAGAGUCUGGACAGCUUAUCAGGGAAAAUAUCUGUAAGCAGAAGAAUAUCUUGAUCAAGUCCUGCGAUGUUGACCUGGUGACGGAAACAGAUCGCCAGGUGGAAAAACUUCUGAUUGAUGGAAUUUCAGCAAAGUUUCCUGAACACAAAUUCAUUGGAGAAGAAACUACCGCAGAAACAAACAAAAAAGUUACUUUAACAGACGAUCCAACAUGGAUUAUUGAUCCCGUGGAUGGAACCAUGAAUUUCGUUCAUAGUCUGCCCCACACCUGUAUUUCAAUUGCGCUUUGGAUAGAUAAAAUAGCAGAAAUAGGAAUUGUUUACAAUCCAGUUUUGGAACAAUUCUUUACAGCCCGGAAAGGAAAAGGAGCUUUCCUGAAUGGAAAACCUAUUCAUGUGUCUCAGGAGACAGAGUUGCAGAAGGCAUUGAUAAUGAAUGAACUCGGCACUUGUAGAGACCCAGAAAAGCUGAGGAUUACUAUAGACAACCUAACUACGUUGACGCCACUCAUUCAUGGAACCCGAUCACUGGGAUCAGCAGCUUUAAAUAUGUGUAUGGUUGCAAUGGGAGGGGCAGAUGUCAAUUACGAAUUUGGAAUUCAUGCCUGGGACGUUGCAGCUGGAGACCUCAUCGUCAGAGAAGCUGGCGGAGUCUGCAUCGAUCCUGCUGGUGGAAAUUUUGACAUCAUGAGCAGAAGAGUAUUGUGCGCAUCGACGAUGCCCCUCGCACAAAAAGUUGCCAAAGUCUUGACACAGUAUUACCCCGAACGAGAUUAACUAAAAAGUUGAAUUAAUAUCCAGAGUUAAAACCAACUAUAAUUACUGAAUCAAAAUCCACGAGAGGACGUUAGAAAUAUUUUUUGAAUCAACAUAUCUAAAAAAAAAGUACUUUGAACUCCAAAGAACUGUUUCAAUAAAUGAGUUUUUAUGGGAAAAA